AUAUAGAAACCUGUUGUGAUGCACCCACUGUAAAUAUUCAUGCACUACACAACUUUGAAGGCCGUGCACAUCUCAAUUUCCAGUCUGAUUCCCCACAAGCUAGGCAACAUCAACGCGAUUUUCACGCUCGCAACCGGUUUGGGCCGGAUCCUGGCGGAAUAUGCACCCGAUAGGACGAAGGGGCGGCAUUAGUAAGACAGGCGGGCAGUAUGUAGAAGACAAGUGUGAUGAGUACACGUAUCUAACACACAGCCGGUAACAUUAUCGCUGAACUGUUGCGUCAGAUUGUUGUAUAACCGGGUGUAGUGUGCAUGACGGCGUGACUGCGAGGCCCGGGGAAGGCGAUUUCAGCACCAAGGGCAGGGACUAACCAGCGGUGAUCGCGCGGGUUCGGUACGGUCAGUAAUGCUGACGCCUUGACACUGAAGUAGUGUUUUGGUUGAGAAUAAGAAGGAAUCGGUCGGCACGGACGGAUCGCUGUUUAUGUAGGGGGCCGGCUGAGGGGUUUGAUAAGGGAGCCACUCUCAGCUAGCGCGAUCUCUUCAGCAGCUAGUCACUACUCCGGGAAUAGACUCGUUCUCCACGCUUCUCUCGCGGGCGACUCGCGCAUGACUGGAUAUGUGGUCAGUCAAGACUACAGGGCGUCUGGGGAGGCUUCAUCAGAUGCACUUUUUUGGGAGGUGCCUGUCGACUAAUGCAGCCCGGCGCAAGCUGCUACCCGAUCAUUACGACUACGAUCGACCAAUCGUAAAGACAGAAAUCCCGGGACCACGCUCAAAGGCAUUGCUGAUGCACUUGGACAAGAUACAGAAUACCGAAGCUGUGCAGUUCUUCUGUGACUAUGAGCGCAGCAGAGGAAACUGGUUGAUGGACGCAGACGGCAAUAGAUUGCUGGACAUCUACACACAGAUCUCGUCUCUGCCAUUGGGUUACAACCACCCAGCACUGGUGAAUGCUCUACGCGACGUAAACAAUCUUAGCACCUUUAUAAACCGGCCAUCGUUAGGAACCCUCCCACCGCUGGACUUUCCUGACAAGAUGGGGAAAGUGCUGAUGAGAGUAGCACCACCAGGACUAAAGGAAGUACAGACCAUGGCGUGCGGCACGUGUGCAAACGAGAACGCUUACAAAGCAGUCUUCAUUUGGUAUAGGACCAAGCAACGCGGUGGGAGCAUGCCAUCCAAAGAAGACUUGGAGUCAUGUAUGCGGGACAUGCCACCGGGUAGCCCCAAGCUCUCUAUUCUGUCUUUCAAAGGAGGCUUUCACGGAAGAACCCUAGGUUGCCUCGCCACGUCCCAUUCCAAGCCGAUACAGAAGGUUGACAUCCCGUCCCUUGUGUGGCCGGUGGCGCCGUUCCCUCAGCUCAGGUACCCGCUGGAGCUGUACACGGAGGAGAACAGACGGGAGGAGGAGAGGUGCCUUGAUGCAGUGUGGAAGAUAAUAGUGGAGUCUAAGACGACCGGCCAACCCGUGGCAGGGCUAGUGGUGGAGCCCAUCCAGGCAGAGGGAGGUGAUCAUCACGCCUCCAACACCUUCUUCAGACAGCUGCAGAGGAUAGCGAAAGACAACGAUGCAGCUAUGAUAGUGGACGAGGUUCAGACAGGAGUAGGCCUGACAGGCAGGAUGUGGGCACACGAGCACUGGGGGCUGGAGGAACCGCCGGACUUCGUCACCUUCGCCAAGAAGAUGCUGAUCGGCGGAUAUUACUACAAGGAGGAGUUUCGGCCACAGGGGGGAUACCGUAUCAUCAACACGUGGGUAGGCGACCCAGCCAAACUGGUACUCCUGGAGGCCGUCAUCCGGGUGAUAGAAGAGGACAGACUGUUAGACAACAUGCGUGAGACUGGGGACGUUCUUAUGGAGGGUCUUCGGACAUUGGAGAGUAAAUACCCGGACAUCUUGGACGGGACCCGUGGACAGGGCAGCUUCUGUGCGGUGGACUGUCCAACAGAAACAAUCAGAAACAAGGUCAUUCGGGCCCUCCGAAACAAAGGAGUCCAGGCAGGCGGCUGUGGAGAGAGGACCAUCAGGUGCCGACCUGCGCUCAUCUUCCAGCCUCAUCACGCCGAGAUGUUCUUAGACAUCUUCAACGACGUGUUAUCUCAGGGGAACUUCCGAUGAAAGGAGCGGGCCGGGAUGGAUGAUUCUGCUGUAGAUGAUUCAGUGUCAACUUCUAGGAAGUCAGAACCACCUUUAUCAGCUAGCUGUAUGUAGCAUAGCCCUAAAUGCAGGGAUUGGGUUUCUGAGAUGAGAUAUAGCUGCAGCUGUGAUGUAAUUAGGCCUUGUUGAUUUGAUUAUGUGGAUGACAUCCGCGAGUCCAUCACUUUUCGGCCUUUUCCAAAAAUAAAACAAAACGUUUUCAACUAUACUGUAAACCGUACAGAGCAGCUCCAAAAUGAGCACAUGUAUGUCGUGAACGCCGUAUAAUUAGAAAGUUAAUUCCAAAGUUAAAGAAGAUAUAACAGAACAAACUUGAAAUUCUAGUAUAUACAGUGUGUUUAGUCAUUCGUUCAACCGUCCUGACAACUUAGAUUUCGUAAAGAAGGCAACUUGGGGGGCCUCUGAAUUUGACAAAUGUGUAGGCAUAUUGUUUUUGCCAACGUUUUAGCACGCUAGCUUUUAAUUCUAAAGGGGACGUCAUCCAUAAAAUUUGCUUGCAGUAACCCGAAAUUCCUUUUUUUUGAAUUCUUUUAAAGAAUCACAUAUCAAAAAGAUGGCCUUCUAACUACAGUUGCGUCAACCUUCAAUCAUCAGCAAAGACAUAACAUGUGUACGUUCACUACGUCGGAAGAAAAAGUAUCUACCAAACCAUUAACUUGAAUUGUUCGUACAACUUGUACACGUAAGUGCCAUAUUACUAAUAGAAUAUAAAAGUAUACCUGUAUUGACGUAUCAAAAAUGAGACCGAAACACGGGGUUGCGAAGCAUACCUGGACCAUGUAAUGUAUACGUAGGAGAUGUUUACGUAUAUACGUAUAUACUUUAUAUAACUGUGCCAACACUGAAAAGUAUAUAUUGUACACUAUGUGUACUACCAACCCACCUUGUUACUGUGCCCCUCACGAUAACUUAAUCAACCCUUAUGUAAAAUAUGUAGCACUAGGAAGUGGUACAACUACUGUAACAAUACUCGUCCAAGUUACAACCAUUGAAGAUCACGUAGUAUGUAAUAUAAUGAUACGCAAUGAGUAUUCAAUGGUAUCCAUCUACAGUACUUCAUACCCAUUUU